UAAACAAAGCAGCAUGUUGGGCCGGGCAUGGGAGGCUGCCCGCCUUUGGCGGAUUAAAAGGCCUCUUUAUCACGCCUUUAAGGUCGACAGAUUAAUAUCUACGAGUGGUGUGGGUUUGUUGCCUCGAGGGACCACGAGAAAUGAAAAGAAAUCCGAGCGACAUGAGAGAGAUAACGUCGAUCACUUCCAGGAGUCAAACUUGGCAAUGGAGGAGAAAAAUUCUAUUUAUCAUCAGGAUACCGGUUUGAAAACGCACAGGGACAUGAGGUCAAUCGAUCAAGUAGAUCCCAUUAUUUUGAAAUACACCAAUGUACUCUCUGAUCUUCGGGCUGCAAAAAAUGUGCCAGAGAAAGUGUACGAGACCAAUUUUGGAAGUAUAAGGUUUGACAAUGAAAAUAUUCCAAAGGUUCAUGGACAGUAUGAUAUGACUGAGGAACUUGACACAGGGAUCCCCAAGAAAAAGCAUGGUAUUGAAGACAUUGUAAUAUCUCAGUCAGUUGAUGACAAUGGAAGAGAAUAUCCAAAAGGUACUCUGGACUUUCAGAAUGCAAGUUCUUUGAGUGAGCAAGUUGCUCUCAGAAAUUCAAAUAACUAUGCUAAGUCAGUGGAUAUGUCAUUCCAAGUAAAUGACUUAGAAAGACAGAGAAGUGAAAGUCAAUCCAAUUAUAUUGAUGAACUAGUUUUUAGUAAAGCAGAGGAAGAUUUUCAAAAGUUGAAUAUGAAGGAGAGAGAACUUACUGCUUCUAAGAAGCCACAAGUCAGAGGUGAUGAUCUUAACUUCGUUGAUAAUAUUUAUUUUAGGGAUGCAGUGGAAAAUUAUGGCAGCAUCCCACAGGCCAAAACAUUUUCAAAAUCUGAGAUACAAAAUGAUGUAGAGAUGGCAGGUGAAUCAAAGUCUGUUGAGAAAACUUCAAGUGAAUUGCACUUCAUUGAUGAUAUAUACUUUAAGGAUUCCUUAGACAAUAUUACAUUAGCUGAGAAAACCAAUACAGAGAAUAGAUAUUCGAUCGUUGAGAGAGAUGUUCUGAAAUCAAUAAAUUCCAAGGCAGCAACAGAAGUUGAAACUUUAAAAAGUAAGGAUGAUAAUACAGAAAAUACAUCAUUAACCCAGAAGCAGAUAAUGAAAAAUGCACCAGUGGGGUCCAAUAAAGAACAAAUCAAACAGGUUACCAAGAACUCACAAACCCAAGACAGAGACAAUACUGUUCCAAAGAGUGCUUAUGACUUUGUUGUAAAGUUGAGGAAGGAGGAGAGAGAGAAAAUGUUUGAGAUUGGGGAAGAGGGUACAAAGAAGAAUUACAAGAAAGUCUUGAGUUUAGUUGAUGGAAAGAGAAAUGACAAAUAUACAAAACAUGAAAUUUUAGGCUUGUUAAAAAGGAGUAUUAUUUAUGAUAAGUAUGAUAUCAUUGGUUUAUAUAAGCCUUUUGGACUUACCAUGCAAGGGGGAGGAGGAGGAAAGCACCAUGUACUAACCGAUUUUCUGCCUGAAUUGGCUCAACAUUUAAGGACUGAUGAGCUGCACAUAAUACACAGGCUUGAUGCUGAUACUACAGGAGUUCUGCUCUUGGCAAGGACUCCAGCUAUGGCCAGUACUUUGAAGAAAAUGUUCAAGGAACGUCAAGUAAAAAAAACAUACUGGGGCAUUACAAAAGGGAUACCAAAGCUUCUUCAUGGUGUGAUUGACAUACCUAUCGUUGAAGGCUUAGUUGAUGACCGAAGACGUAUGGUAUUAUGUCCAGAUGUCCCAGGAUUUAAGACUCCAUCAGGAAACAAGAAACAGGCAAUCACAGAAUUCAAGGUUUUGUCCAAGGCUAAUAGUACAUCUCUAAUUGAGUUGUCACCUGUAACUGGAGUGAAACACCAGCUCCGUGUCCAUCUUGGGUUCGGACUGGCAUGCCCUAUCCUUGGUGAUCACAAAUACUCUCAUUUGCAAAAAUUGGCACCACAGAGGCUUCCAGGAGACACACUUACAUGUCUCAAAAUCAAGCAGAGUAAAGUCCGUGGCCUACCAAUUUUCCUUCACAGUAGAUCGAUUCUGUUACCAGAAAUUGUUGAAGGAAAAAACAUAUUCAUCAAGGCAAAAUUGCCUGCAUUUUUCAACAAAACUUUAUCGCUGCUGAAGCUGAAUAAACAUAUGAAUCAAGUUAAAGAUGUGGAUCUCAGAAAUCAAAAUUAAGUUGUUAAUAUGUGUAGAAAUUCAUUUUUUAUAGUUUAUUAGUUUACCCUCGUUGUAUGAUAUAUGUAUAUAUGAUGUAAAGGGUAAAAGAAAGUUUAAAAUAUUA